AUGGCAAAACCAAGUCAAGUGUUAACUAUUUUUCUUCUCUUUGAAAUGUCAGUGUUUGGUCAAUAUGAGAGUGAUGAUUUUGAGGAUGAAUACGAGCAUGAAGUGGAUAGUGAAUAUCCAUCUAUUUUUCAUCAAAUUCCUCAUGUAGAAUAUAACGUUCCAUACUCUACCAUACCUGCUGAGUGUGCCAAAGAAUGCUUCUGUUCACCUACUUUCCCAACAGCCAUGUACUGUGAUCAUCGCAAGCUUCUGACAAUACCAAAGAUUCCAGCUCACAUCCAACAACUUUAUCUGCAGUAUAAUGAUAUUGAAGCUGUGCCUCUGGAAUCCUUUGUUAAUGCUACAGCUUUGAAAGAAAUUAAUCUCAGCCAUAACAAAAUCAAGUCUCAUAAGAUUGACAAUGGUGUAUUCGUCAAACUUGCAAACCUCACCCAACUUCAUUUAGAAUAUAAUCAGUUAGAAGAAAUUCCAUUCCCAUUACCCGGAAGCUUAGAAAGGUUAAUCCUGGGUUUCAAUCAAAUUUCCAAGUCCCACGGUAAAGCCUUGGAAGGGUUAACACAUUUAACAAUGCUUGACCUCUGUAAUAAUUAUCUUGAGGAUUCCCAGCUCAAAGGAAUAGACUUUUCAAGUAUGAGAAACCUAAUGCAGAUUAACCUUUGUAGCAACAAACUACAGUCUAUGCUUCUGGAUCUACCACCUUCAGUGAUGUAUCUUUCACUUGAAAACAAUUCAGUUUCUUCCAUUCCAGAUAAUUACUUCCACAAGCUUCCAAAUCUUACUGCUUUAAGAAUGUCACAUAAUAAUCUUGAAGAAAUUCCUUAUAAUGCUUUUAUGUUCUCUAGUCUUCUGGAACUUAACCUUGGGCAUAACAAAUUGAAACAUGUUUUCUAUAUUCCAAGAACCCUACAACAUUUAUACUUAGAAGAUAAUGAAUUGGAAGUCAUGAAUGUUACUUUAAUGUGUCCUACUAUUGAUCCACUGAACCUCAAGCAUUUAACGUACAUAAGAGUAGACCAAAACAAGCUUACAGCUCCAAUCAGCACCUAUGCAUUCUUCUGCUUUCCACAUGUGCGGAGCAUCUAUUAUGGAGAACAAAAAAUUAGCAAAGAUCAACAAACACAGCUGAGAACACCUCUGUUCCGAAGAUUUUUCACGCAAGAAGAAUAUGAAGAAGCAGAAGAUUUUCAUGAAGAACAAGAUGAAAGCCAUGAUCACGAUUCCAGAGGAAGUGACAAUGACAACUACCUUGAUCCUUACUUCUAUUAA